UUACCUUGAUUUUCACCAUACAACGAAGCUAAACGUCUCUCUUCGAGGAAAGAAGUGUAACCUUGCCUGUUGUAUAUACAGUUAUUUUGUGUUAGUUUGUUGGUGUUAUGUGCUGACAAAGAGUAUAGCAUUACUAAACGCUGCUAUUGUCUUCGGCGGGAAGAUGAGCAAUUCGGGGCUCUUUCAUCGGGAGAUAGGGUCUGCGGUGAUGGCUAGGGAUGGUGAGGAGGACACAGACUGUAGUGCAGCGUCUAUACCGGUAUGGGGUGAGCAACAACAGAUGCAGAAGUACCAGCAUAGCGCUGAAGAAGAAGGAGCCACGCCAGACCAUAGUCAAAAGCAGUACGUACGUCCUGACGAGGCGGUUGGUCACAGAUGCCAGAAACGUCGUGGACAGUACCACCGGUAUGGCUGGAGCACGAUAAAUGGCAGGAAGAAGCGCAAGAAGCAACAACAGGCGAAGCGUGCCCACAGCGUGAGAGGAUUCGUUGUUGGCCACCUCCUCCUUGCAAUGCUGAUUGGCACGACUUCUGCCAAUCUGCAGCGCUUCACGUUCCCCCCGUCCCGUCGCGUGCUGCUGAUGGAGGGGAUGUAUGACCGAUAUUCAGCAAAGGAAUUUUCCUGUGCCGUGUGUCCCGCCGGCUUCCAGUACAAGAAAGCCUGCACGCGGUUCACUCAGCAAUCAUGUCAGCCGUGUCCAUUGGGUUAUGUCCAGCCCAAUGUGACAAUAAACGAAAAGUGCGUUCUGUGCCGCGAAUCCUCCACAGCUUGCCCACAGGGGUACAUAUACCGGAACUGCACAGCAACACGGCACGGUGGAUGCGAGAAGUCGAUAUGCCAGGAUGGAUAUUACGGGUUGGAUUUAUCGCACACCAUCCCUAAUCACUGCCGACCGUGCAGUGUGGAGUGCUCAGUUGACGGCCGCUGGGAAAUGGUCCCGUGUCUCUACACCGAUCGCCAGUGUUCAUACAGAAAGUUGCCGAUUCUGGCCAUGCCGGAUAUUGUCCCAACACCGAAGCUGACAGCAGAGGCAACAACACCAACCCAAGUCAGUUCAAAUCAUGCACAUACUAAGAUCGCCACAAGCAGUCAAGGGACGACUCGGCCUAGGGAAAUUCCCACCAGGCCUAGGGCAAGCACAACUCCGAUUAGGACAACUGCCACUAGGCCCACCACAACUGAACCAGGCAACAAAGCCAGAGACUGGUUCAUUCAUCGUCCGUCCUUUAACGACUCGAGCCGUGGUUCGGGGAACGGCACCGUGUACACCAAGGCCGAACGUGAAUUGACGAAACGAAACGCGUUAUUAUAUCAGUUGGUGAUUGGGUCACUGUCUGUUGUGGCAAUAGUACAAGGAACCUGCCUAGUAAUUACUAGGUGUAAUAAGAGAGGAGGGAGGAUUAUAGAAAGUGCAGCCAGCAGCCGCACGAGCGUCAGAUUCCACAGUCCACCUGUAGGAGCUGCAAGCGCUGGUGUCCAGAGCGUGUCCAUAGGCAUUGAACCGGAGGAUCUAUCUGUGAGAGACGCAGGUAGACUCAUUUGCCAGCCAGUGAACCAGUCUUCGGGAGACUUCACUACGGUUCAUUUCGCAGAUGGAAGAGAUCUACUCGGCAAAAACUGGAACACAGCUGAUCCGGAAGGAGAUACACUGGUGACCUGUCCAUACGAAUGCGGCCAGAACUUGCCACCUUCUAGCAAGUCGCUCGACCAUAGGCAAGGAACAGCCACACAUGAGUCAACUGAAGGCAUAGGUUGCGCUUUGCUUCACGAUGGCCAGACGACACAUCCAAGUCCGCCACAAGCUCAAACGCCGACUGCACAAUCACAGCAAGGUGAUACCCAUUCGACGGAGACAGGCGACGGUGACUGUCGAGAAUCCGCUGUUUAAGUGUGAUUAGUGAUGGAGUUUGUUAGGCUGUGUGCGGGAGCUCAGUUUCCUUCCAGGAGUCGUGUGCGGAGGUGUUUUAACGGCAGAUCAUCUUUCCUGUCAGCCACGUGUAGAUCAUGGCACAAAGUGACCUCAUGAAAAGCAACAUCACCCACACUUCCCUGUCAUGCAUCAUCGGCGUUUGGAAAUCACGGUUUCCCGCACUACCGACUCCUCAACAGCGAGCCAGUGCCAAAACUCAUCACCUUGUUCUUGUACCUCCACGUCAACCAUUUCAGAUUUGCUGACGCCUUUUUCGCCGCGAGGACAUAUCGAUUUCAACGGACUACCCACAAUAUAGCAGUGUAAUUGGAGAUUUUUGAUUCAUUCACGCCUGUGAUUUGGUCAUCAUACUGCUAUGCACUCUUCUACCCCUGCAUGUUUGAAUUUCCAUCUCUUUACAUGUAUGUAGUCUUUUAGCUGAGCACUUCUCUCCUCACUUUCCGUUUUUUGCCAGCAGUGAAGAGGAAUAUUAGCAUGCCAGUGUACAUGCAUGUCUUUCAUAUCAUUGGACUCUGCCCUAGAUGUGUUUAUGUUGUAGUUCAAUCCUUCGCAUUUCCCCUCUCAAUCAAUAUGUACAUGUACAUGGUGCUUAUCAAAAUAUGUUAGUUUUGCCGCAUGAAAUGGGUGACCCAUCUAUGCUUGCAUACAUGACUGUAUAAUAUAUAGCCUGAGGUGGAGCAUGACGUUUACAUGAUGGAGAUGGAUGUGACUUGUGAAUCCAAACCUACGCACACAUUAUGCAAUGUACAGUAAAACCUCCAA